UAAUUCCCGUUAGGCAUUUUCCUUCAAAAAUUUUCAGCCUCAAAUCCGAAAAAAUUCUCGCAUUCGGAUAUGCGCUUUUCAAAAUUAUCAGUAUCUUAAUACUCCACCAACUAAAUUGAGAGUAAAACAUAUAUUGUAAAAUGAAUAAGCAGACCAAGGAAUGGUCCCGAGCUCGGCUUUGCAAGCCCAAGGACAAUCUUACCACCGAGGCUGGAAAGAGGGAGCGCUUUGUGCCAUCCUGUGAACUUGAGUACUCUCCGGUAUCGAUGUCCCAUUUGAUUGGCUGGGAAUACGCCCGGAUUUGGCUACGCGAUCGCGACAAGUUUAUCCAGCAACGUGAACGCGCAGUCAAAGCGAAGUAUAUCAAGAACGACUUCGAGUGGUGGUUAAAGUUGCGCAAAACAUCCAAAAAGUUCUGCAAAGUCGGAGCAUAAAUCCGGGGAAAAUUUAUAGAUGCUAUGGGAUCUGGCACACUUAAAUUCUAUAUAAUACUAUAUUCAAGUCUGACUGAAAAAUGACAUGACAUGAUUACCAAUAAAAGCCAAUUACAAGGUAA